AGAAUGUUUUGAUGGAUAUGUGGCCACACAAGAAAAUAUAAGAUUGAAACAACUUAGCGGAGAAACUUCAUUGUUAUUGUUGUUGUUUUGGGUGGGAAUAGUCAUCUGCGGGUAUAAACAGAAGGUCCCAAGAAAACGAGUGCGCUUGGGCCUUAAGCAGAAUCAGCACGGCAGCCGUGACUUUUGCAGUCUCGACAACCGUCUCACCAAAUUCACCGCCGCCGUGGUUGCUUGUCAGAGCAUCUAAAGCGUCCAAAGCCAAAGCCAAACCAAAACCCGCCCCUUCUCUCUCACUCUCUCACUCUUCUCACUGGUUAUGUGAGGCAAGUUAAUAAUCUCAAACUUGCCUUUGGUUUUGAUUCUGUUGUGUCUGCAGUCACUUUAGUAAUCGCACACUCCGUCAUCGAAUUACAAGUUUCAGACAGCUCAGAAGAUCACUCGUUAUUGACAUUUUGAAUGCACUCAAGCUGUUUGUGAAAAGUUGUGAGUGGCAGGUGGGUUGGACCGAUGGGGGCUUUCGAGUUUCGAGAUCAUUUUUCGACGAAUUAUGGUGCUGAGGCGUAGUGGGAGGCACUGAGGACAAGGGAGAAGAUGCUUAAUUGGUUAUGUAGGCGUUGCUUUUGCACGGCUGCUCCACGGCCAUGGCUAUUUGUAGGUUUGGGCAAUCCCGGCGAUAAGUACAAAGGAACUAGACACAAUACGGGGUUUGAGAUGAUUGAUGCUUUCGCUAAUUCACAAGGCAUUGCAAUGAACACGGUCCAUUGCAAAGCUAUCUUUGGGCAAGGUUUCGUGGGUGGAGUUCCGGUUUUUCUUGCAAAGCCUCAAACUUAUAUGAAUUUGAGUGGUGAAUCUACGGGGCCUCUUGCUGCUUAUUAUAAGCUACCUCUCAAUCGUGUGCUAGUGUUUCAUGACGACAUGACCUUACCAUGCGGGGUACUUCGUCUUCACCCAAAUGGAGGUCACUUAUGCCACAAUGGGCUGAAGAGUGUGAUCUAUCACUUUCGAGGGAACAGAGAAUUUCCUCGACUAAGAAUCGGUAUCGGAAGGCCUCCUGGUCAAAUGGAUCCGAAAGCAUUCUUGCUGCAAAAAUUUAAUGCCACAGCUCAAGGACGAAUUGAUGCUGCUUUGCAAGAGGGAGUUAAUAUAUUGAAGGUCGUGCUUUCUAAAGGCUUUGCAGAAAGUGCAAGACGCUUCAACUCAGAGCAGAAAUACAAGCAUCUAAGAGUAGAAACCUUGCCAACAUGAAUUUACACAGUGGCAUCUGUAAAUGAGUAAAUGGGUUUUUGUUUUUUGGGAUAACACUUGGGUUGUGAUUGUCAGAAUAUAUGGAAACUCGACCGGUUGUUGAAUCUAAAAUCAAGAGGACGUACGGGUGUUGCAUUGUUGACAAUUCAUGUCAUCGAGUAGGGUUCUAACAAUCACGGCUAAAGGAUUAUCCUUUGUUUUGAGAUCAUCUUUUGUGCUAUAAAUGUGACCCGUCACCCAUCAGCUUUAAAUUUC